AUAUUUGGUCAAAGUAUUAAUAUUUGACUCCCAAAAUAGAAAUAAGAACUAUAUUUUGAAACGGAUGAAGUACUACAUAUCUAAAAAUGUGAAUACUCAAAGAUGUAUCAUGGAAAUAUUAAUUGUCACAAAUAUAUUUAGACAAGUUUAAAAGUCGAUUAAUUUAAAAAAACAAAUGUAAAAGUCAAAGUAUUUGCUUUUUUUUUUUCAAAACAAUGGAAGUACUAAUAUUAUUGAAAACAUUUGCACCAUCUCCUCAUUAUAAAUAGGCAUGGCCGUAGUAGUUGAGUGAUGCAGAACUACUGAAUAAAGCUCUUUUCCCCCAUUAGCUCCACCCUCAAAGUAACAAAAGGAAAAAGAAAAAGAAAAAGAAAAAGAAGUCUAAUGACUUUAAUUCCAAUCACAAAAAUGAACGUAGGACACAUAGAUGAUGUGCAAGAAAUCAGAAAAAUACAAAACAAUACAGUUCCUGAUAGAUUUGUAAGGGACGUAGAUGAGAUUAAGUCUCUAAUUCCUGACUCAUCUGUUGAUAACGUCCCUAUUAUUGAUCUUUCAAAGGUUAUUAAUGGCAAUUACGAUGAAAUCCUUACUCUAGCUUAUGCUUGCGAGGAAUGGGGAUUUUUUCAGGUGAUAAACCAUGGAAUUGAUGUAAGAGUGCUAGAAACGAUAGAGAAAACAGCAAUGGAGUUUUUUAUGCAACCUUUAGAGGAAAAACAAAAGUACAAAAUGGCACCAGGAACAGUUCAAGGAUAUGGUCAAGCUUUUGUUUUCUCUGAGCAGCAAAAGCUUGAUUGGUGUAACAUGUUUGCUCUUGGUAUACAACCUAAUUUUAUAAGAAACCCUAAUCUUUGGCCAACAAAGCCAUUAAACUUCAGUGAAAGCAUAGAGACUUACACAAAGGAGAUAAGGAAAUUAUGUGAGAAGCUGAUGAGAUGCAUAGCAAUGAGCCUUGGAUUAAGAGCUGAAAGAUUUAAGGAAAUGUUUGGAGAAGCAGUUCAAGCAAUAAGAAUGAAUUACUACCCACCAUGUCCAAGACCAGAUCUUGUGUUGGGUUUAAGCCCUCAUUCUGAUGGAAGUGCACUUACUAUUUUACAACAGAAUCAGGGCAGCUCUGUUGGUCUUCAAGUGCUCAAAGACAACAAAUGGGUUUCUAUCCAACCAAUCCCUAAUGCUCUUGUUGUCAAUGUUGGAGAUACCCUUGAAGUGCUAACAAAUGGAAAAUACAAGAGUGUGGAGCAUAGAGCCGUGACUAAUAUGGUAAAAGACAGGCUCUCAAUUGUGACAUUCUAUGCACCAAGCUAUGAGGUAGAACUUGAACCAAUGUCAGAGUUUGUGAACGAUACUAACCCUACCAAAUUCAGAAAAUAUAUUCACGGAGACUACAGUAAACACUAUGUUACCAACAAGCUACAAGGCAAGAAAACACUAGAGUUUGUCAAACUUCAAACUAAUAUUGCUGUGUAAAUUAACCCCACGUCCAUAGUUACUAUUUAUAUACCCAUAGGCCAUAGUUCUAGGCUUUGUUUGUAAAUCUGUACUAUUUGAAGAAGACCAAAAUCAAGUUGAUGACUGUAUAAGAUUAAACUAAUCUAGUUAAGAUGGAACGCUAUGUUGCUACCAUAUCUUGUAGAACAGAUCUAAUUUUAUACAAGAUCCUUCAUGAAGUUAUUCAUGUGU